UGAAAUUACAAAGGACUUUUCUCAGCAUAACCCUGCUCAAACUCCGAAGAAAGGAAAAGAAAAGAAGAGGCAAAUUACAUGUCACUAGUAGUUUCCGCUCAAUUUGCCACCAUUGGAAUCCAAAUUCAAUCCAAGAAAUCCGGUGCGGAACUGUUGAGUAUUAAUUAGAAAUUGGUUUCUAUUGGCUAUGGAGUUGGCAUCAGGAUUUGAUGACGCUUCAUCUUCGGGUUUGGGUUUGAAUACGGUUCCGAAUAUGGGAGCGUCCAUGUCAGCACCCAUAAACUCCUCCAAUAUUGGUUUCCAGUUGUUGAAGAAACACGGAUGGAAAGAAGGAACUGGACUUGGUAUCUCUGAACAGGGUAGGUUGGAGCCUGUACAGGCUUAUAUCAACAAUGACAAGAGAGGAUUGGGAUCACAUAAACCAAAGAAGGAAAAAGAGAAGUUGAGAAACCUUAAAAAUCCUGAUGGGAAGAGUGAAAAGUUGCCAAAAAAGAAAGCAAAGGGCAUCUCUAAAAAGAUGAAGAAAAUGCAAGAGUUUGAGAAACGACUGCAAGAGAAGGAAUUUGACAGGACCUUUUUCAGGGAGUUCUGGCCUGAUAAUGUUUGAAUUAUUGCGAUGUCUCUAAACAGAGUGUGCAAAAGUGACAUAAAUUAGCUGCAUCAGAAAGGGGAGUGGAAGUGUACAACUUAAUUGGAAUCGGAGGAAUCCAUAGCGUCAUAAAGGGCAUUCUUUAUCGCCAUAUUUGUUCAUUUUGAUGGUUGAAUUGUGAGUCAAUAAAAUGCAGAAGUGGAGUGGCAUUUGCCCUUAAUGCAAAUGUACAGUUGGUUGAUAUAUGCAGAUUUGACAUGAAGGAAACUUUUGAAAGUGCGGGAGAACCGUUUCACUUUGCGGGGCCGUCUUGUGCUAUCGCAGUCUUCUUUACUGAAAAAACGCAGAUAUGUAAAGAAGCAAUCGUGCUAGAGCAAAUUUUAGUGUGAAGUUGG